AUGGUUCUCACAAGCGCCGCUCUGAGCGCCCUAAAGGAUGGCGCAGUUUUCAGCAGUGGCAUGUUCGGAACCUCGGUUUCUGACGGCUCCUCUUGGGCGCCUGCUCACGUGGCACCGGGACAUGGCGGUCUGAUGUUCCCAGCUCCCGAUCAUGAUGCCGGACAGCACCAUCACAACGACGCGCCUGUGGGCGAGCAUGGCGGAGGAGGUGGCGGUCAUGAGGAUAAUGGCGCAGGGGGAGAUAACCAUGAAGAUACGAUCUAAAUGUUCCUAUACUAGAUAAUGCCGCAGGGGCUGAUAACCAUGAAGAUAUGUUGAUCUAAAUGUUCCUAUAGAUCAUGGCGCAGGGGGAGAUAACCAUGAAGAUAUGUUGAUCUAAAUGUUCCUAUAGAUACAUAGUCAUGUAUGUUGUUGACAAAGAUGAAAAUUGUGGUACUCACAAUUAUGAUCGUGGAUGAGUCUACCUGUGGUCCGUGAAAUCAAGAUGAAGAAGUGAAAACUUAUGUAGAUUUGUUCCUUUUACAACGAGUUUAUAGUAUACCACUCUAAAUCAAACGACGCAGAGGCAGAGCAUGAGGACGAACAUGAGGAACACGAGGAGCACGAAGAUGAGCAUGAGGAGCACGAAGCAGAGCACGAGGACGAACAUGAAGAACCUGAAGAACACGAAGUCGGGGAAGAGAAUAAUGAGUUAUGUGCUUGACGACUUUGGACGUGGCAGUUCUAGUAUCUUUUCCUGUCAGUCUUAGUUGUAGUAACAUCUUCAAGUACAGAUUCUUGCCCCUUGCGCUCUUGAUGCGCUGGAGGUCCAUUAGCGAUAAGAGACGGCGUAGGGGAAGAUUGCAGCACUGUAAUAGUAACCUGUGGAGAGGUUUUUACAGGAUCAUUAGCCGACGCCGGACGAAAUGCGAGUAGAACUUCGAACGCGAAUCAGACGCGAACACAAAUUCGCGAAAUCACAAGAACUUGCCAUAGGAACAACAUCUCUUCAGGUGCUACUACAACAGGGAAAUCACUACCACCGUCAAAAGAAACGUGUCGUGCUGCAGAACAAGCCGAAGUAGUGGUCGAUCCUUUAGAUCUAGCCCAGGACAAGCAACUGACCAACUUGAUUGGUCUUCUGAGCGCUGCCUUUCCUAGAAUUGUAGAAAUGCGGGAAUCUUCUUUCGAUGCAGCGUUCGAGGGCAGAGGGGCGGAUGGUGAGUGUCGUCGUGUGGGUAGAAGUUCUUCUUCAUCAACAUCUGCUAGAAGUACUUCUGCCUCAAAUAAAAUAAGUAGAUCUUCCACCACAAGGAAGUGGAAGAGCAAGGAGGAGGAGAUACAACUAGGUGAUGAAAAACACUUACCGGAAUUACUCCUAGAUUGCAAGGGACGCAAGACUAGUCCCACCGGCGCCAACCUCCCACCAGGUAGCUCUCAGCCUUCACUUUCCGAAGUCGACUCUUUCACGUUCGAGGAAGCUGCGCUUCUACUUUCUCGUGUACACAAACUAGCUGAUGAAGAUGAUGGGACAGUAACGAACGCAGAGGACGAUGAUCAAUUACAGGAGAACCCUGAGAUACAACUCAACAGGUGA